UCGCGGAGAUGACAGAUUGACGUCAUCGGCACUGACGCAGAGCGGAGCCGGGGAGGGAGGCAGAGCAGCAGCAGCAGCAGCAGCAGCAUCCCAUCCAGCAAACGGCACCUCACCAAUCUCCCACCACCACCGGCGAGGUGUUUUCUCACUGAGCAUCCUCCGAAAAAAACGAACGAGAUAAAAGAUAAGAUGGCCACCUCCUCCUCCACUCUGGAAGAAGACGAGAGUUUGAAGGGCUGUGAAAUCUUUGUGCAGAAGCACAACAUCCAGCAGAUCCUCAAAGAGUGCAUUGUGAACCUCUGCAUCGCUAAGCCUGAGCGUCCUAUGAAGUUCCUGCGGGAGCAUUUUGAAAAGCUGGAGAAGGAAGAAUGCAAGCAGAUCAUGGCACGGCAGAAAUCUAACAGCCAGUCGGACUCACAUGAUGAUGAGGUUUCUCCCCCACCCCCCAACCCCGUUGUCAAGGCCCGCCGCCGCAGGGGAGGGGUCAGCGCCGAGGUAUACACUGAGGAGGACGCUGUCAGCUACGUACGCAAGGUGAUCCCAAAGGACUACAAGACCAUGACUGCCUUGGCCAAGGCCAUCUCCAAGAAUGUGCUGUUUGCUCACCUGGACGACAAUGAGAGAAGUGACAUAUUUGAUGCCAUGUUCCCAGUCACCCACAUUGCAGGGGAAACAGUUAUCCAGCAAGGUGAUGAAGGAGACAACUUCUAUGUGAUUGACCAAGGUGAAGUGGACGUGUAUGUGAACGGGGAGUGGGUGACCAGUAUUGGAGAAGGAGGUAGUUUUGGAGAACUGGCCCUGAUCUAUGGGACUCCCAGAGCUGCCACCGUCAAGGCCAAGACUGAUCUUAAACUGUGGGGCAUUGACAGAGACAGUUACCGGCGCAUCCUCAUGGGCAGCACACUGAGAAAGAGAAAGAUGUAUGAAGAGUUCCUUAGCAAGGUCUCCAUCCUUGAGUCUUUGGAUAAGUGGGAACGUCUGACGGUGGCCGAUGCUCUGGAGCCCGUCCAGUUUGAGGAUGGAGAGAAGAUAGUGGUGCAAGGAGAACCUGGUGAUGACUUCUUCAUUAUUACAGAGGGAAUCGCCUCUGUUCUGCAGCGCAGGUCUGACAAUGAGGAGUAUGUGGAGGUUGGACGCCUCGGACCCUCUGACUACUUUGGUGAAAUCGCCCUGCUGUUGAACCGUCCCAGGGCAGCCACCGUAGUUGCUCGCGGCCCGCUCAAGUGUGUGAAGCUGGACAGGCCCCGAUUUGAGCGUGUGCUGGGGCCGUGCUCAGAGAUCCUCAAGAGGAACAUCCAGAGAUACAACAGCUUCAUCUCCCUCACCGUGUGACAGGUCGGCCCCUCUGGGCCCCACCAGCAGGGGUGGGCAGCAUCAGCAUCAGAGUUUUGGUCGGUGGGUGGGAAUAGGUGAGGAUUCGGGGUAAAGGACAUGGGUUUUACAUCCACAACAACAGGGCGCUCAUUUCCUGCCUUUUUUUUUUUCCUUUUUGCGCGUUUCUUUUCUUUGAUCUUGUGCACUUUGACUUGACCUGUACUGUCACGUAGCUUUAUGUCAAAAACAACAUGCAGGAGUGUUAAAAAUCAGAGCGAGGACAGGGAUCAUUCAACUGUAAAUGAGUCAUGUAUACAGUGUGUCAACUGUAUAUGAUGCAUGCUUCUAGACUGACAAACAAUGGCGUUUGCACUUUGUUGAUUUAUGAAGGGUAUGGAUGAAUUCAGGAAAUAAGAAGGAAGUGAAGUCAUGUUUACGUACAGCGGGAGGAAGUGAGUACACAUUUCUUUACUCGCUGACUGUGGUUUGCCUUUUUAUCACUUCUGAGUGUGCGUGGUGCCAUUUCUAGGUCAGAUCAGACCAGCACGACACAGACCUCUGUUCCCUAAAGCGUAGAUGUAGAGGUAUGAAGAAAAUUUAAAUUCUUGGCUGUUUCAUUCAUUUUUAGUGCUUCUUAAGUGUGCUUUUACUGCUGUUAUCAGUUGGGGGGGGGUUGUUACAAGCAGUGAUAUGUUGAGUUAUCAUUUUAUGUGGUGUGUGCCAGCCAAAUUAACCGACAAAGUUGCUUUUUUUCAAGAAAUCCUCUAUGUCCCAAUAUUCCCUGAAGCGGUUCAGUCUGAUCUGUGAGCUGUGGUAUUCCAAAGGCGCAGUAGUGUUAUCAGUCCAGUCCACAUAACACACAAACAGAGUCUGAAAGACACUGACAUGAAACACACAACCAUACUGUAUAUUCUUACACUGUCUCAGGACUAUGUGAAUCCUCAACACACACAAACAUAUACACACCUUAUCUGAUGCUUUUUUUGACCUGUUUUUGUUCUAUGUUAAAUUGCUAGAUGAACGCUUUUGCACCACUUUAGAGUUUGUACCGUUGGGUCAAUACAGAAGUUUGAUUUAGCUGUUUUUAAGACAUGACUUAUAUGUUAUAAAUACAUAAAAUAAAGAGGUAGACUAUU